AUGGAUACAGUAAUAUUUGUAUCUCCGGUGUUUUAUUUUCAAGAUCAUUCCAAUAUCGAACGUUGGAAAUCUACCAAACCGAAACCUGGCUAUGUUCCUAUUCUAAACAGCGACCUUGCCAAGUUCGAGCAAACAUUGAAGCAGGCACAUGGAGAAUACGUUCGCAAAACUACCGAUGGAAAAGAACAGACUGAUAAGGAUGCUAAAAAUAAGAAUUCUGGGGACGGGAAUACAGAUAAUUCGGAUACCUCUAGCUUGAAAAGUCGGUUUGUGGAUCUACAAUCGUUCCUCCCCAUAUCACUUGAACAACAACUACAUACAGUAUGCUUGGGACAUGUGCCUCUCGGAUUAGGCGUUAAGGGAAUAGAUAAAGUAAUGGAGAAGCUCGAGCAAGUUUUCAUGAAGAGUCUAAAUGCGGCUUCUAAAACGGAAUACAUUAAACAAUGGAGUUACGUGGAUUGCGUGAACUCUUUGACAGUAUACGUGAGCUUCCGCGAAGAAUUAGCAAAGGACUACGGGGAAAUUAUUGGCCUUAUACAACAGCUGAUAGAUGGAAACUCAGACGGAGUAAGCCUUUUCAUGGAUGAGAACACCUCUCGAUACGUCUCUGACUUGAAACAAGAGUCCUCUUCCACCGUGGACGACAGCGUAAAGGACGAGUUUUGGCAGUUAGUGGAUGUGUUAAAGGCUGGGCCUGAUUCCAAUAAUACUCACGAUAAAGGCUCUUCUGUUGAGUAUACGGUAGAUAUGAGCACGUUGAGCGAUCUUCCGAGCUCUUCAUUGGACCAAUUGUGCAAGGAUAUCAUCGAGUUCAGGACUCGUGUCAUCACGUUGGAGAAGGAGAAAAGGAACAAAGAGCUGAUAGAGGCAGAGAAGAGAAGGAGACAACAUCUCAAGCAGAUCUUUGAUAAAAUAAAGAAUGCAGAGGGAUCAAGUAAAUCGGACAGAAAGAAUGCGGACGACAAUGAAGGCGACGACGACGAAGAAGAUGAUGAUGACGAUGAUGACGACGAAGACGAUAACGAAUAUCAAGACGAGAAAGACGACUAUGAGGUCGAGCAAAAAAGGUUAAAGGCCGAAACCGAAACUCAACAGAAUGCUUACGAUAACCUUGUACACGAAUUCCAGAAUAAAAUGCUGGUCGAAUAUUCCUCACUACGACAAGAACUCCACCGCUUACAAAACUAUGAAACACAGCUCCACAAGAACCGUGGACCAUUGCUAAAAGAGUUUAUGCAUUUGGCUUCUGACCCUCACUAUGAUCAUCACAGAGCCUACAAGGAGACCGAACAAAAGGCUGACGAACAAGAUCGUGCGCUCGAGGCCAAGGAAUUGGAAGACAGAAAACAAGACUCCACCACCACGCCUGUUACUGACUCUAAACCUAACGCCGAAUCUGCAGAACCAAAGAUCAAGUUGGCUUUGAGACAACAGAAACAAGAAGAAAUCACCGAGGAAGAGGAACAAGAGGAACAAGAGGAACAAGAGGUACCAGAGUUUCUACAAAAAGUCGAGCUUCUCAAAAAGAGCGGAGCAGUGGAUGAACUUGUCAAGGAAUUCUUGGGCGUGUACGAGCCUGACUUGGUCGAAUAUAUAUUUGACAACAUAAGAGAACACCAAUCAAGGGAAACCCUUGAAAAGGAACUUGCUGAGACAUUCGACGACGAUAGUCCGGUCCUAGUCGAUCGUAUAUGGGCCGCAAUGGAAACUGACGCUUAA